AUGGUUUUUAAGAUUGUCAUCUUCUCAUGCUUCGCGGCUUUGGCCCAAGCUGGCGCACCCGUGGCCGUAGCCGCUCCGGUUCUGGCAGCACCAGUCGCAGCUAGGCUUGAAGAAUUCGACCCUCUCCCUCAAUACCGAUUCGGAUACAACGUAGCUGAUGCACUGACAGGAGAUUACAAGAGUCAACAGGAGCAACGUAAUGGGGACCUAGUCCAAGGUUCCUACUCGCUCGUGGACCCCGAUGGCACUCGCCGCACUGUCGAUUAUUCCGCUGAUUCAGUCAACGGAUUCAAUGCGGUUGUGCGGAAAGAACCUUUAGUUGCUGCUGCUCCAGCUGUGGUUGCUGAGCCAGCAGUUGUACCUGCACGUAUCGCCGCCACACCAGUCGCUGCUGCACCUGUUGUGGCAGCGCCAUUCGCAAAAUACACCGCUGCGUACACCUCACCGCUAGCUUAUGCAUCUUACACAGCACCUGUUGCGAAAGUGGCAGCGUACAGUGCUCCCGUUGCUUAUACCGCCCCCGUGGCGAGAUAUGCAGCGUACUCUGCCCCAUACGUCAGUCCGUACGCUAGAUUCACAGCGGGCCCCGUAGCACCAGUGGUAGCUGUAUAA